AUGCAUCCCCUUCAAUUUCCCUAUUUGAAUAAUUUCGAAAAAAUCAGAAUUACAUCAAGGAAAAGCAAGGAAUUCUUAAUCAAAUUUAGAAAUGAUUUUAGCACAGACCUUUAAAAAAAGUAAAGAUCAUAAAUGAAUUAGAGGAGGUGGAAUUUAAAAUAAAGCUGGAUAAAAACAUAGAUUAAAAUAUUAGCAAGUUUAUAAAUCCUUUAAAUUUAAUAAAGGAAAAUAAAGUUCUUUAAAUUAAUCAAAUAUUAUUGAAGUUUUGUGUAGAUCAAACCAAAGGUUCUUGAGAGAGAAUUUAAUAACAGUAUUAAAUGCCGCUAAUCUGAAAUUAGGAGAAGCGUUAGAUGAAUGUGGAAGGUUUUUGAUGUCAUCUUUUUAGUGCAGGUUGGCACUUAGGUUGAGUAAUAUGAUAGACUAUCGUUUUAGUUGA